AGUGAGACUCUGUCUCAAAAAAAAAAAAAAAACAAACAAAAAACUAUGAACAGACCCUUGACAGCGAUUCCUAUCCCAGGAAUUUAUCUUAUAGCUAUACCUACACACGUGAAAAUAAUGUAAGUACGAUAUUAUCUGGAAAGAUACAAAAGAAGCAGGUAGUACUGGUUACCUUUGUAGAAAGGAUCUAAUGAUGGCAAGGCAAAAGUGGAAUGAAUGAGAUUUCUUCACUGAAUAUUCUUGGUACCUUUUGAACUCUGAACCAUGUUAUUGUUACCUAUUGAAUGAAUGAACAAACGAAUAAAUGUUAAUAUGGAAAAAUGGGUCAGUAAUGGAGAUCCUAAUUAUUGAUUAUAUCCUGAACAAUAUAAGAUCUCUUACAGUCAGAAGAAAUGCUAUGUAACAACCCCAAAAUUUCAGUGGCUUACAGAAUUUUGUGCUUAUGGAUCUUUGGGUAACCUGUUGUUUAGAUCUUGGCUAACCUAGCCUAGACUCCAGACUUUAGUUUUGGGUUCAGAUCUGCUCCAUGUGUCUUCAUUUUGGGACUCAGACUGAAAAUGUAAAACUACCUGAAUCAUGUUUUUCUCAUGACUGAGGGUGACAGUUCAAGAGAGCUUCUGGAAAUUUGCCUAGUGCCUCAGCUCAGAAGUCACACAUUGGAAUGUCUGCGUGUAUUCCAUCGGUUAAAACAAGUCACACAGCCAAGCCAAAAGUCAACAGGGUCAAGAUGUAUACUCUGCCUACUGGAAGCACUGCAAAGUCACAUGACAAAGGGUGUGGAUGAAUACUUCCAUUACAUAGGAGGAGGAAGACUUGGGAGAUGUCCUUUGCUUCUCAGAUGUAAUGCACUUUAAGUUUGUUAUUCAACAGUGAAAAUGAGUCAUACAGAGGUUAAAUUAAAAAUACCUUUUGGAAAUAAAUUACUAGAUGCUGUUUGUUUGAUACCUAACAAGAGCUUGACGUAUGGAAUAAUCCUUACACAUGGAGCAUCAGGAGAUAUGAAUCUUCCUCAUUUGAUGUCACUGGCAUCCCAUCUUGCAUCUCAUGGGUUUUUUUGCCUGAGAUUUACCUGUAAAGGCCUUAAUAUUGUACAUAGAAUUAAGGCGUAUAAGUCAGUUUUGAAUUACCUAAAGACCUCAGGAGAAUAUAAACUUGCAGGUGUUUUCCUUGGAGGUCGUUCAAUGGGCUCAAGAGCAGCUGCUUCUGUUAUGUGUCAUAUUGAGCCAGAUGAUGCUGAUGAUUUUGUUCGAGGUCUCAUUUGUAUUUCUUAUCCACUGCACCAUCCAAAGCAGCAGCAUAAACUCAGAGAUGAAGAUCUCUUUCGUAUAAAAGAUCCUGUACUGUUUGUGUCAGGCUCAGCAGAUGAAAUGUGUGAAAAGAAUUUGUUGGAGAAAGUGGCACAGAAAAUGCAAGCUCCCAAUAAAAUCCACUGGAUUGAAAAGGCAAAUCAUUCCAUGGCAGUGAAAGGACGGUCAACAAAUGAUGUUUUCAGAGAAAUAAAUACACAGAUUUUGUUUUGGAUCCAAGAAAUCACUGAAAUGGACAAGAAAUAAUUGUCAUUAGUUAAAAGCCAUGUUAUUUUGAAUACAAAUACAGUUAAUUUGAUAAAGAACAGUAUACCUCUCAGCAGUAUGAGAUAUAUUUCAGACUAAUUUAAUGUUCUUUAAUGUUCCCCUAUUUUUAAACACAUUUUGAUUGUGAAAUUGAUGUCUUUCACAAAAUGUCUUUUGAGAGCACUGUUAUAGUUGUAUAAAGAUGAUGUAAAAAUAUUGAAGGUGGUCUAAAUAUAAUUUAUUUUCAUUAGCAUAGUUAAGUUUUGAAAAAAAUUAAACAUUUGAAUUUUGUUACAA